AUGAAGAGCUUAUUUGUUUUGUUUCCAGGCAUCAUCUCCAUGGUGAUCUUCACCGUCCUCUGCAUCAUGGUGUUUGUGAUCCGCCAUAUGUUCCGUCACAAAGGCUCUUACCACACCAACGAGGCCAAAGGAGCAGAGUCGGCGGACUGCGCAGACGCGGCGAUCAUCGUGAAUGACCCGGCCUUCACCGAGACCAUCGAUGAGAGCAAGAAGGAGUGGUUCAUCUGAACCCCCUGCCCCCCCCUCCCCCUUCUCGACAACAUGGACACAUGACGUUAGGAUGUAUGUAGUUUUCUAAGCUUAGGGAGUAGUAGUGAGGUGACCGCCUGCGUAACCUCAAGGAUGUAGUGAGCGGUUUAUUCAAAAAACUUUAUGGAUAAUGGACACCAUGGGGUUACAGUGUGAGUAUUAAAGCACAGGGCACAGCGCUGCCUGGCAGAGCCUGUGUGGAGGCGCGGAGCGGUUUGUUUUAACUUUAUUUGCGACGGACAGUGUGACAGGAUGACAGCCUUCAGAGGGUGUAGAGGACAGUGCCAUGAAGUUACAAACUUUGGAUGUGUGAAUGUGUUCAAUUAUCGUUAAUUUCUGUAUAUCACUUUUUAUUUGAUUUCAGUUUAUUUUAUGUAAUGUAUUUAUUUAUUCAUAUUUAAGUCAUAUAUUUUCUUACUUUGCAUUUAUUUAUUUUUAUACAUUAAUAUCUGUAUGCCUUUGUGCUGGUAUUAGAAAAAAUGAUGGCAUUAAUGGAAAUGAUUAUGAACCCAUUAAUCCCAAUAAUCCUCCACACCUGUAGCAAUGCUCAUAUACCAGUUUUUUUUAUAUAUAAAUUAUCUCAUCUUGAAUUAUUUGCCUUAUUUUACAUUAUUUGAGUAAGUUUAAUUUCAGAUAAAGACUGAAAACUUUGUGUGUGUGAGUGUGUGGCUUCCUUGUCUGUGAAGGAGAUGUAGCCAUGACUUUGGACUAAGAAACGGGGGAAAGGAAACGUCACACUUCUAUUUAUUUUAUUUAUUAUCUACAUAACUGAUAGUGUUUCUUAUGAGUUUUAAGCCUUGAUUGUUGAAACACGUAAUGAUUGCAUCUUUUUUUAAUGUUUUUUGCUGCCAAAUCUGUUCAGGUGGCGCUUUCAGCUUUUAAAGAAUCAACUGAGUCCUGUCGGUCCACAAGAGCUCCACUUACUGCUUUGUGUUUUUUCAGAUUUCUGAGCCAUUGGUCGUCUUUUGUAACAAUGCCAUGUGUUAAUGCAAAAAUGUUUGCCUAAAAGUGAUACCGCAAGGUUUCUUAACAUAAUAACAACAUCCUUUGAGUGCCAUCUGACCCAGAGUGAGUGAUUAAGUUCAAUUUUGGCACGUCCAGUAUAGAGACAGGUGGGGAGCAUGUUUAGCCUAGCUUAGCCCAAAGACUGGAUGGGCAAGAUGAACCUGGACCAGGAGCUCAAACCUUCAAAGCCGACUAUUAGGCUGCAUGCUCCAUUCCAGUUCAGGAACCUAGUCAGAGCAAAGAUUUUAUUUUUUAUUUUUUUAUUUACAAACACAACCAAACACACACAUAUUCCCUUCCACGCACCCACACCCCCUUCCCCAAGCUGUGAUGAAGAUAAGUCAAAACAUCCAAGUCUGAGAUAACAAAAUAACCUUUUCACUUCCACAACCCUGGGCUAGCAGAUUCCUUCUGCUCACAAUCUUUGAGCUAGAUGAGAGAUGAUGAAAUGAGAGAAUAAAGUAAAAACAACAACAAGCUAAAAUGCUUAUUUGUCUUUCCUUCAAAUGGACGUGAAGUAAUCACCCUCUACCAGCAGCAAUGUCCCCACCUGCUGAGAAAUUUUUUCUUAUUUCCAUUUAACAUAGUACUGUGAAAACAGUAUAUUCAUUUCCUAUUUGGUCUAAUAAAAAAUACAAUCACAAGAAAACAGAGACCAAAAAAGUUUUUCAAGUUCUGGAGACUGGAUGUGGUUAUUUACACAAUGAGACCGCCAGAUGUAGCAUUGACAGUGUUGCUUUAGCCCAAGCCUUGAACCCUCUGGUAUGAUUUUAGACACUCCAAAACAGGGCCUGUCAUCUGCAGAA